GAUCUCCGAUCUUUGCAAAUUAUCAGUUAAUUUGACUAGUAUUUAGUUCCGCCUCUAUCGUCACACGUUGCUCAAUACUCUCUGAACAUCAAAGGCCUCACGAGGGGUUUGGUGCUGCAAGUUUAACAAGUAAUUUUCCAGUUAUUGUAUGAGUCAAAAAACAGAAAAGCCAGUACUGUCAGGGCAGCGAAUCAAGACACGGAAAAGAGAUGAAAAAGAGAAAUAUGAUCCAGCUGGGUUUAGAGACGCUAUACUACAAGGGCUUAACAAAGCUGGGACUGACUUAGAAGCAGUUUCCAAAUUUCUGGAUACUGCCGGGUCUAAACUGGACUACAGGCGUUAUGGGGAAGCAUUGUUUGAUAUCCUCAUAGCUGGAGGUCUUUUAGUGCCUGGUGGGUCGAUAGCACAAGAUGGCGACAAACCUUGCAAAACCAACGCUUGCGUGUUUGAGGCCUCUGAAGAUAUCGAGUCGAUGCGGAGUUUUGAACAGGUAUUUAUCAAGCUCAUGCGACGUUACAAGUAUCUCGAGAAAAUGUUUGAAGAUGAGAUGAAGAAAGUGCUUAUAUUUAUAAAGGGAUUUUCUGAACUAGAACGAAUAAAACUGGCUCGAAUGACAGCUCUUUGGAUCUCAAAUGGAUCUGUCCCUCCGUCGGUGCUGCUUGUACUGAUUAACGAACAUCUUAUAAAGGACAACCUGGCACUGGAUUUCUUGUUAGAAGUAUUUGUGACAUGGAAACAAGAAAAAGGGCUCAGUAGCCUAAUGGCUGCUCUGAAGAAGGGUGGAAUUGAAAGCAGGUUGAUGGAAUUUGUACCACAGAACAAGCGUACAGAAGAAAACUUCAGAGCAGUGUUUGAGGAAAAGGGCCUUGUUGACAUAGUCAAACUGCAUAAAGCUCAGGCAAGUCAAGAGGCAAAACGUGACCUGCAGCAACAACUGGAGGAACAACUUUCAGAAUAUCGACCCAUCAAAGAAAUUAUUGCAGAUAUAAAGGAAAUGGCAGCAAAAAGUGUAAUACCCGAGCAUGAAACAAUUACAUUGGUGUGGACAACAGUUAUGUCACAAGUUGAAUGGAAUAAAAAGGAAGAACUGGUAGCUGAACAGGCACUAAAACAUUUGAAGCAGUAUACGCCUUUGUUCGAAGCUUUCACAACCACAGCACGCUCUGAACUGGCACUGAUGCUCAAAGUGCAAGAGUAUUGUUAUGGAAACAUGAACUUUAUGAAAGUUUUCCAGAAAAUUAUCCUGUUAUUCUACAAGACUGAUGUAUUGUCAGAGGGUGUAAUUUUGAAAUGGUAUAAGGAAGGUCACUCAGUGAAAGGAAAGAUGAUGUUUCUGGACCAAAUGAAAAAAUUUGUCGAGUGGCUACAGAAUGCUGAAGAAGAAUCUGAAUCUGGUGAGGAGGAAGACUAAAGAAAAGGAACAAUUGUGGAACUGCUGCUGUUACAGAAUUAACAGUUUUCUGGAAGGUCAUCUCGGUGUAGUGUUCAAGGAUGCAGUGAUAUCGGAGAAAUACUGAACUCUUGAACUGAACAACAGUUGUGAAAAAUUGUUUCCAUUUCUUUACUGCAUAUUACUCACAGGAUUAAUUCAUAACUUACUUUUAAGGAACAACGAGAAUGGUAUAUUCAUCUCUGACUUGCGGUGCCUUAUUCUUCUCUUGUACAGUAGUCAUAUGUCAGCGAGAUAAAGGAAAGUUCAUAGUCUUAAAUUUCUUCUGAGUUCUGAAAGAGAACACUUAAGGUCAUUUAUUUGUUAUUGAUUCACUGAUUAAAAUUUUUUAUUGCAUUGGUAUUUUUAAAAAUGUAAAUAAAUUCGUUAGAGAUGAAAAUACCACACCACGUUAGAAGGUAACUCAAUUCUAACUGAAGUUUAUUAAUUAUCACCUUCUGUUUUUUAUAUAUUUGUUUAUAUGGUAUAGUCUGUCUGGUGAAGUUAUCGGCCGUGUCUGCCAAUGUUUAUAUCAUGCUGCCAAAUAGAAAAGAAUCUUUGUAAAUGAGAUUUAUUUUAUCUACAAGAUGGAAGUCUUUCCCAAAUUACCUCAAGGAAAGGGUUUAAUAAACAUAUUAAUAGAAA